AUGUCUUCUGGAACCCUUUACGUCAAAGACUCACGCACCAAUGCGCAAUAUGAGAUACCCAUUCGGAGGAAUGCAGUCUCUGCACUGGAUUUUAAAAAGAUCAAAGCUUCAGGAGUCGGAACCGACCGGGCAGAUCAAGUGGCUGGUGGCCUCCGAGUACAUGACCCGGGGCUGCAAAAUACUACUGUCGUGGAGACAGCUAUAAGUUUCUCAGACCAUGAACGAAACUUGCUUCUUUUCCGGGGUUACAGUUUGGAGCAGCUCUGGGAGAGCGAUUUCGAGGAUGUGUUGCAUUUGCUGGUCUGGGGGUCGUAUCCGACAGUGCUCCAGAGGAAGGACCUGAACCACAAACUAACAGAGGCCAUGCUUGCUGUGCCAGAGAGUGUCCAGAGAACAAUCCAGAGUCUUCCGAGCACUACAACCCCAUUGCCGCUCAUCAUCGCUGGCCUUUCUGCAUAUUUAGCCUGUCGUCCCAAUAUGAUUCCCACAUCGCGUGAUGCAAAUUUGUACCGAAGCAACAUGGAAGUUACCGACCAUGCAAUCAUUCAGACCGUGGCAGUCUACGCCGUGGUGUUUGGCCUCGUGAAUAGUCAUCGAAAAGGAGUACCGUUCACCCCCCCAACUCGUGGAAAAUCAUACUACGAGAAUCUUUUCACAAUGGCAGGUAUGAUUGACCCAACGACCGGUCGGCCAGAUCCCCCCAAGCUGUCAAGUUUCCGGCGGUUCGCCAUGCUCAACUCGGACCAUGGAAUGGCCUUGACGGUAUUCUCCGCCCUGACCACAGCGUCGUCCUUGACAGACCCAAUCUCCUGUUUGAUCACUGCUAUCGGGUCAGCAUGGGGUCCGCUUCACUUUGGCGCCACUGAGUCUGCCCAGCGGACGCUGAAAGGCAUUGGUAGCCCUGAAAAUGUGCCAGCCUAUAUUGAAAAGGUAAAGCAAGGACACGAGAAGCUGUUUGGCUACGGACAUCGCUCGUACAAGGGCAUUGAUCCUCGAGUGCGCCCAAUCCGAUCCAUCCUGAAUGACAUGGAUCUGUCCUCGAACCAGCUGCUCGAAGUGGCCGAGCGCAUUGAGGAGGUUUGCGCCGAGGAUGACUACUUCAGAAAGCGGGGCUUGUAUGUGAACGGCGACUUUUACGGAAACUUUAUCUUCGCCGCCAUUGGCUGCGAGCCGGAAAUGAUCCCUGCCGCCAUGCUGGCCCAGCGGAUCAUGGGGAUUAUGGCGCAUUGGCGGGAGUACAUGCUGACACGCGGCAAGUUGAAAAAGAUCAUCAUGGCAGACGAAUCUGGCUCAGCUUCGGAAACGACGCCCCUGCUGGCAUCCCAGCUGGCAGAGCCAUACUCGGUCUUUACCGCGACCCAGAAACACCUCAUCAUCCUGACAGCUGCCCUGGCUUCAAGCUUCUCGCCUUUAUCAGCCAACAUCUACUAUCCAGCCCUCAACUCCAUUGCUGCUGAUCUGCACGUGAGCAGUUCGCAGAUCAACCUGACCAUCACCACGUACAUGUUAUGUCAAGGGGUGGCCCCCGCCUUUAUGGGCUCGUUUGCCGACCAGGCUGGGCGUCGUCCUGCCUAUAUUUUGUGCUUUGUGAUCUACAUUGUCGGGAACAUUGCACUGGCUCUGCAGCACAGUUACCCGGCCCUGCUGAUCCUCCGGGCUAUCCAGAGCUGUGGCAGUAGCGGCACGGUGGCACUGGCGUCUGCCGUGGCAGCCGACGUGAUUACGUCUGCUGAGAGAGGCACCUACAUGGGCAUCACCUCGCUGGGGACUAUCCUGGCUCCAUCCGUGGGUCCUCUCCUGGGAGGGCUACUCAGCCAGUACCUCGGCUGGCAGGCCAUCUUCUGGUUUUUGGCUAUUACCUCUGAUUCCCCAUCUCCCGUGAAGCAAAAGGAGGUUAGCCUUCCGGACCCCCUUUCUACCCUACGUCUUCUUUUUCACCGUCCCACUGGACUCGUCCUUUUGGCCAAUGGGCUGCUGUUUGCCAGCUACUAUGCCGUCACGGCCGGUAUUCCGUCUCAGUUCAAGGAGAUUUACCAGCUGAACGACCUCGCCAUCGGCCUGGUGUUUAUCCCGGCGGGUAUUGGCUCGCUGUUGAGCACGACCUUUAACGGGAUUGUUCUUGACUGGAACUACCGCCGUCUCCAGGGGGGAUAUGGACCGGGAACUCGUCACAAACCUUCGUUUCCUAUCGAGCAGGCCCGACUGCAAAUCUGUCUACCACUGAUAAUCCUCUCCGCCACAGCCAUCCUCGGCUACGCCCUCUUAAUGAGCCUCGUCACACACCCACCCCUCUCCUAUGCCCUUAGCCUCAUCUUCACCAUCAGCUUCGCCAUCACGGCGGCAUACAACAUCAUGAACAUCCUGAUCGUGGACCUGUACUACGCUACGCCUGCCACAGCGAUGGCGGCGAAUAACCUGGUCCGGUGCUUUCUGGGCGCGGGGGCGACCGGACUGGUGCAUCCAGCGAUUGUCCGGUGGGGGAAUGGCCGGAUUAUGAUACUCCUCCUUCUGAUCAUAGGCAUUGCCACCGCCCGAAUUGACCCUCUCCUCCCAACCUACCAACAAAUCCUGCACCUGCGAUAUCCCCUCACGCCGUGGGUCCAACCCGGCGACACGCUUCUGAUGUCAGACACCCACCCCCUCCCAACCCUCAGCACGCUGGGCCUCAUCCCCACCGAAACCUACCUCCUCCUCUUCCUCGACCUGGACGUAAUCUACAGCCACAACAGCACCGUGAUUCUGCACUGGUACCAGCCAGACCUGAUCUUUUCCAACGCCACCCCCCCUACCACCGAUACCCAUACCCAAACUGCCACCCCCGUCCCCCCUCCCCCCCUCAACAACCUAAACCAAGAACCCAUCCUAACACCCCACCCCUCCUCCCCCCCCACCCACACAGCAUCCUACAUCCCCCCCCAACCCCCACCCCACUCCCACCACCGCUACGUCUACCUCCUCUACCAACAGCCACCUACAUACAUCUUCCCCACCUGCUUCGAUUAUAUUUUCCCGCCUACCGCGCACGCGCGGGCGGGGUUCGAUGUACGGCAGUUUACGGCUGUUGCGGGGUUGGGGGGGCCGGUGGCGGGGAAUUAUUUUUUUGUGCUUUUUGAUGGGGGGUCGAGUAGUGGGGGGAUGGGGAUGGAGACGGGGACGGGGACGGGGACGGGGACUAUGACUAUGACUAUGACUGGGGGAACUGGGGAUGGGAAGGGGAGGGGGACGCCGACGACGACAAUAGAAUACAUGUCCCCGUCACACCAAAUCAACGGGAUACUCUUCCCUCUUUAG